AUGGCUGCAUUUAGUCCGCCUUCGCGUGCCACAAGCUAUGCAGGUGCUGACGUUGAGCGUUUAUGUGAGAAGGGGUGCCAACGCCCCGCCUUUGCGGCCUACUCCACGUGCUGCACACAUUGUCAAGGCCCGGAAGGGCCACAUGCCAGCGACUGCGCGAAGAAGGUAGAGCUCAUAGGGAGGCGGGUGAAUGCUCCGCAGGUCCGGGGUGAGGGCACCAUGGUGAUCGUCCGCUGCAUCGCUGCGACCCUUUUUCGCAGCUUCGACAAAUUUGGGCGGAUGGAUCCCUUCGCCACUGUGGACUGGUCCUACUCAGAUGGCAGCGUGGUAAGUGUCGGAAGGACGAAAUCUGCGUGGGGUCAGCACAUGAACCCCAAGUGGGAGCACUGCUGUAGAGCAGUGCCCUACACCGGCUCGGGCGGAGGUGACAAAGUGCGCUUUCAGGUUCUCGAGGAAAACUUCGGAGGGCUGGGCACCCCUACGUUCUGCGGCGAGCAGACGGUUGAGGUUGACAUGCUCAUAGCGGGGGCCCGCAUGGUGGGGGCGGGCCUGAUGCGGACGCAGCCCCAGCCCAUCGAGCUGUUCAAGCGGGGUGAGAAGACAGGGACUAUCCUGGUCCAGCUGGUGGUCCACCUGGAGAAUGCCGGCUCGCCGGUUCAGUCUAACUUCACGUCGGCAGAGGCGAGCAAGUUCUUGUCGCCUGUCAAGCGAAUCGGUGUGUCUGGUGGGACAGCACCAUUUUUCAGCUUGUUGCUCAAGGAGAAGGACGGCAUGCGCUUCGGCGACUACUGGAUUGGCAAAGACCUUUCCCGUGCCAUGGACGAGGUCCAGUUCUACGAGAAGUGCUUGAAGCUGGGAAGAAGUUCGACCGGGGAGAUGCAGAUGCUCCUCAGCUUCAUGUUCGAGUAUGCUGGUGUUCUCGAAACCACUGCAGAGGGCGAAGAGGGCUCUGAACUGCAGCUUCUGGUUCUCGAAAACCUGCGCCAUCGCCGGGCUGGCUUGCGGUUGCUGGACAUCAAGGUCGGUGAGAAGACCGCUGCAGCCAACUGGAAGGGGAAAUCACGGCUGGCGGCACUUCGUCAGGGCCUCAUCGACGAACACACGAACUCCCAGGCAGAGGGAUUCCGGCUCGAAGGUUUCGACGGACAGAACCCGGCGCUGAUCUCCAUGGAUCCACUUCUAGACUUCGGAGGUGAGGAGGGCCACAGCAAGUCAACCCAGAAGAAAGCGCGGCGGCUGAUGCUGCAGAGAUUGCCGUCUGCAGAGAUCUUCAUGCACUUUCUGGACAUGCACCACUACGAUGAGCCUCAGGCUCCCAGCCCGGCUGCGCCGGCUUCCCCGGCUGCGCCCUGUGGCACCGAGCUCCUGGAGGUGGUCCUGUCGGAGAUCUGCAAGCAGUUGGUGCAGCUGGCGAUGGCUUGCCGGAAGUGCGAAGCCCCUCAGAAGUGGAUUGGCAGCUCCAUCGCGCUCGGCUUUGAUGACGUCUUCGGCAAGGAACAAGGCCACGUGGAUGGUCGUGGUUUUGGCGCCGCUGAAUGCGCGUUGCGCAAGUCAGUGUUGGUCAAGAUCUUCGAUUGGGGCAGGUCCGAGCUGAACACGCUGCGGGAUCAUCCCGAACUGACGCCGGAAGAGCAAAACGACAGGCUCCACUUCUGGCGACUUUAUGUCGGAGGUGUCGACCGGCUGGCAUGGGAAGCCGUGCGGGCAUACCGCCAUCGCUUCGGCAACCCUCACGGCUGGCAGCGUGUGCAAUUGGCGGUCUAUGAUUUCGACUCUGCUACAGAGAGUGACUUCAUGGGCCAGGUCACAAUUGAUUUGGUGGAGAUGGCCGAGACGACCAUGCCACUGCUUUCCGCCAAGAGAGAACCUGUGGUGGGCAAGGAUGGCAACGCGACCAUCACCUUCUCCGUUCGGUGGAGGAGGCACGAGCCGAGCUCCAGGCUUCAGGGGUCCUGGCAGAUACGAGUCAUAUCUGCCAGCAACUUGCCCGUGUGCGAUGGCUUCUGGGCCUCGAUCUCCCCAGCUUCCUCACGAGCGCUCGGAGGAUUUUCUGAUCCCUUUGUACAUAUCACUGCGAUGAGUGACGAUCACUCCUAUCGCUUCAAGCAGAGUACCAGCAUCAAGGUCAAGAACCUGCACCCGGAAUGGAACGAGACUUUCGAGCUUCCAGUUGCGCGUCCAGAACACGCCUCUCCCCAGGCCAUCGUAGGCUCGGAAAAGGCCAUGGAUUUUCCGCCCGACCUUAUGCUCCCGGCAGUCUGCCACACCGUGGAGGACAGCAAGGUUGAAGCGGAAGCCAUGCAUCUUUGGAGGAAGAUGCUGAACACGAUCUGCCUCGUGGCAGUAAGGGGAGGUCGCUUCGGGUGGUCGGCAGUUCCACAGUUUCCUCGUUUGAAGGGCCUUGGCUGGGUGCAGAGACGACGCACGACGAAGGGCGACCUCGGCAGUGGAGUAUGGCUCUUCGACGACAGCACCGACCCCAACAGCCGCGGACAGGAGCUCACCGAAGACAUGCUUCAGUCACGCAAGGGCUACACGUUGGUCCAGGUUGCAAACCUGGGGCUCCUCCUCUCUCCUGAUCGAAGCGUCAGGGCGGUGCGGCAGGCGAAGUCCAAGGCAGCCUUUGCCAGUGAGUUGGCUGGCAACACGAAGGCUGUCAGCGGGGCACUGCCAUGUCCAGCGGAUGCCAAUCUUUACAGCUGCAAGGCCUGGUGCGAGGGUGUGGUGCCAGGAGAGGCUGUGAAGUCCACGCUCGGUGGAAAGAAGUGCUCUGAGCUUUCUGCCCCGUCGCGCGUCCGGGAUCAGCCAUCCUGCAUGUGCUACGAUGCAGAGUACAAAGUGCAGCUUGCCAUGUGCGUGAGCACAUGCCCAGGCGACACUACAGAACCGGCUGCAGAUGGGCAAGGGACCUGUGGCAGUGCAUCCUGCAGUGAAGGCACAGAAGGGGCGCGGCGCUUCAUCCUCUACGAUACGAAGUAUGGCGAGGGCUUCAACCUUCAGCGCGAGGUCUAUCCGCGAGCUGGCUGGGUGGUGGCCCAGGCCAACAAGGCCUUAGCAGCCAAAUGCGGUUCCAAGGGUGAUGGCGGCUGUGCUCGCUGGGUUCUCGUGUUACCGCCAUGGUGCCAGGUUGUCCACUGGUGGACGGGUCCCGAGCAUGUUUACUGGCGAACCUUCUUCGACACGGAUGCGCUCAUGGGUUCCAAGGUUCCUGUGAUUGAGUUCGAUGAGUAUGUCCGAUUGGUAGGUGGGCAGACAGUGGACGUGGCCGUGUCUUUUGAGACAGAUCAGCUCAAGAAGCAGAAGGAGCAGCUGACCGGCGGCAGCGGCAAGUUCAUGGGUUUCGCAGGUAGCAUCAGCGACUGCAAGACCAAGUAUGUGAAGCCACUCGAGUUCCGCAAGCUACCGGCUGGUGACUUCCAGAUCGUGUAUGCGGGACACUGUGACGGCGCAAUCGCUGCGAAGGAGCUGAGCUGCGCCUCCUUGGAUGGACCGUGGCCGCAGGGUGUGGUCGACCUUGUUCUGGCCUUGAAGCCCGAGGUCAGGUCAGUGCUUCUGAAGAACUACGACUACCUGCUGUCUCCUGACAGCGAGGAGUUGGAUGAGCUGGGUCUAAGAGAGUCGAUGCUUUUCGCAGAGGACUUAAGGGCACACGCUGAUGAGUUCAUUCAGAAUGCCUUCGGGGGCGAGAAGUACUUGGCGGCGCACUGCCGGCGAACGGACUUCCUGAGGGCCCGGGAGAAGACCACCCCAGACGUGUCCAACAUAGCUCUGAAGCUGAACGAGGUGCUGGAGCAGGAAGGGUUGAAGCAGGUCUUCAUCGCUACGGAUGCUCCUGGUGACCUCCGAGCCGCUCUGCAGGAGGAGGUGAAGGGGGCCAUUGUGUUCUACGACGAGAAGAGUGGCGCCAGGCAGUUCGACCACAAGGGAAAGCAGGCAAUUGUGGAGACUUGGAUUGCCGCGAGGUCUGAUUUCUUCAUCGGUACGAUUGAGUCCAGGUUUACCAUGUCCAUCCAGCUUGAGCGAAGCCUCCUUGGCAAACCUCAUCGCACUUCGGAGCAGGAGUUCUGCAAGGAGUACAAGCGUGGCAAGUCAUGCCUGGCCCCAUCGUACAGGCAUACCGCCCGCCAUGGUGCACACCGAGGCCAGUACAUCAGAAGCUGA